UCUUGUCCUGUCUUUAUUUCAAUUCUAAUUUUGCAAUAUAUUCCGUACCAUAAUAAGUGACGUGAUAAGAGAUAUGAAAAGAUCGUAAUAAAGAAGAACGACAUGCGACAAAGGGAAAAUUUUGUAUUUGUAUUUACAGCGCCAAACGUUAUUGUGUAACACACCGACUCGAGCGACCGGCGUGCUUCUUUAUUGGCUUAGUUGCAAAAACAAAAAUAUAUUCGAGAUUCUCUUCUCGGUACUAAAAUAAAUAUUUCAGUCACUAACGGUGUGUGAACACACGAGUUCCCGUUAAUGUCAUUGUUAUAUGACAAUAUUCCACAUCUUUUAGUUGUGACAACCGAGAUAAAAAAAAACUAUACGAAAUACAUAUUAAAAUCGAAAUACAUAUUUAAAAAAAACUAUAUUUCUCGGAAAGAUAAUAAUUAUUUAAAAUGUAUCGAGACGAAAUGUCGAAGUAAAAAGAAUUCAAACUUAAGAUUUGUUUAAAUAUAGAAUUUUGUGUAACACAAUGCAACACGCGGCAACGAACUAAUUCAAAUAGAACAUACAAGAGAGUAGGGUCGUGAUAAGUAAGAGUCUGCAUUAGAGAAUCUUAAUAGUACGCGCAGAGAGUUAAUUGACAGUUCGUGCGGAAGUGAUCGCAAUAAUGACUUGGUUGAAAAUUUUAUCUUGCUACAUUAUGUGCAUCGCGAUAGUUGCCACAUCACAGUACAAGGGCGAUUCCGAGUACGAUUUUGAUUUUUACGAAGAUCUAUCAACGGAUUAUUCGGCUAAGUUAGGAUAUACCAGGCAAAACAAUUAUUAUGUUGUGGAAGCUCUCGACAACAAAGAAAAUCAGCACGACUCGUAUCUCAGUUCAAAUGACUAUCCCAUUUCGUUGGAACGUGGUGUGAAGUCCUAUCAGAGAAGAGAUCCGUCGAACAAGCGGUUUAAUUGGUUCAAAUCGUCCGAGAAGAUUUAUCGAUAUACUAAGCACCGAAUUCCCGGAUACGACUACGACGAGUUCGAUUACAUGCGAAGUUCUCACGAAUGCGACGACAAGUCCAUCUGGACACAUUGUCUCUGUCAGUUUACCUGCACAAAGCCAGACGUAGUGGACUGUUACGCGCCGUGCAAAAGUGGAUGCGAGUGCAGAGAGGAAUACGUUUUCGACGAGAAGACGCAGAGAUGUCUGUUACCCGAGCAUUGUUCAGCGGAUAAUGAUUACGAGUAUCGAAUAUAAGUCGCUUCUGAUGUUCGUUAAGUUACUUCUUUUACGACGUAAGAGAGUAAAUCAAUCACAUAAUCGAUACGAAAUAUUAAAAAAAUUUAUGUGAUACAUUUUUAAUCGUGCAAGUGU